AUGGUCACGAAGAAGAUUUUGCGAAAUGUUCUGGCUAUUCGUAUCAAAAACAGCUAUAAGUUACGUGACUUCCUCAAAGCUUUCUCAGAUUGGUCUUUCCCAAAGCUUAAACACCUUACGGAAGGCCUGUCUCAAGACGUUCCAAUCAGCGGAAAUGAAGCAUCGAAAUCGCAAUGUGUAGACUUACUUCAAACCGCUGGUGUGACUGAAGUAAAGGACAAGGCAUGGGAAGCAGCCAGUCUUCCAAUGAAAAAAGGGACGGUAAAACUAGCCUUCCAGAAUCAACUGCAAUGGUUCGAGUCGAAUGGUUCUGAGGAGGAAAAGAAGGCUGGCAACGAAGCUCUUGGAGAAAUUUCAGUGGCAGUUGUGACAGAAAUUCUGGGGAAUUACGGUUCUGCCCAGUUUUCUGCUAAUACUGAAAAGUUGAAAGGGAUUACCAGAGGACUAAGGUCCUGCCUGAUACUCUAUCUUCCAACUGAGAUGCAAUAUGAUGAUAGUCCCUAG